AGGAGAUGGCGCAUUGGAUGAUGGUACGAGGAUGAUGCUGGGGUUGCAGAUGGUGAGGGGAUCGAAUUGACGGGGAGGGGGAGGCGGGGAGCCGCCCAAGCCUCUUGCGUUGGUCCCUCCCCUCUCUCUGUGUAUCGUCGUUGGAUUAGGGACAGGGUCAUCUACACCGUCCAAUCGUCGGCGAGGGUUUAAGGAGGAGGACACCACGAGUCCUCCCCUCUCGUCGCCGUCAACCUCAACGCCGGCCACAGCCAGCCCUCCGCCGUGCGCCCUUGAGAGAACUCUACGCCUGUAGCCCCAAUCCUCAUUGGAAUCCAAGCUUCCCCUGAGGCCCCGAAGGCGAACAAAACCGCCCCGUGCGGUCUCCGCGCGCCGCCGGCCGAGACCAUGCCGAGCUUCCCGCCGCCCGGCGCCGUCACCAUCUGCGAGAUCAACCGCGACCUCGUUGCGGCGGAUGCGCUGUCGGAUGAUCGAGCCAAGGAGGCCUACGGCGAUGUCCUCGGAAUGGUCUUCAGCCCGAUUCCUUUCCAGCCGGAUGCUCCUGCUGCCAAUGAAGCUCAGCCCGCAGAGAUUGUCCCCAAAGCAAGUUUGGUGUCAACCAUAGCCGAGUCCUUCAAACAAAUGCUCUUCCCUUCUUGUGAUCCAAAUCUGCUUGAAGAAUUGGAUACCCAGAAAGUAAGCUGGAAUCAGCACAAGCAUUGCUUGGCGUUUGUAUCUGAGAGGAACCAAGUUACAGUUCAUGACUUUGAGGAGCCAGAUAAUAAAGAAUCCUAUAUUCUAACAAAUGACCAGCAAAAGGAUGUUAAAGCUGUUGAAUGGAGGCCAAAUAGUGGAAAGAUGAUUGCUGUUGCCUGCAAGGGAGGGAUAUGCCUUUGGUCAGCAUCAUAUCCUGGCAAUGUUGCAUCUGUGAAAUCUGGUGUCACCUCUUCUUCAUUUGGUGCCUUCCCUAGAGGUUCUGGAGGUCAAUGGAUACUUGUGGACAUUCUCCGUGGUUCUGCUAAUGAGCUAGUUACUGCACUUUGUUGGAAGCCUGAUGGAAGAUACUUGGUAUCUGCCUCUUGUGAUAGCCCAUCAUUCACAAUUUGGGAUGUUUCUCAAGGGUUGGGAACACCUAUACGACGUGGAUUAAGUAGUAUAUCAUUAGUGCGGUGGUCACCCACUGGAGAUUACCUUUUAACUGCUAAGCUUGAUGGAACUUUUCACUUAUGGGAAACAAAUACAUGGACGUCAGAACCGUGGUCUUCAUCUAAUGGAUAUGUAUCUGGAGCAAAUUGGGACCCAGAAGGUCGUACUGCACUGUUAUCCUUUUCUAACUCAACUACACUGGGCUCAGUUCACUUCUCAUCAAAGCCACCAUCUUUAGAUGCCCAUCUCCUACCAGUUGAACUUGCUGAAAUUUCCUCUGUGAUUGUUAGCCGAGGCAUAGAGAAAUUGGCAUGGGAUUCUUCAGGAGAGCGCUUGGCAUUGUCAUUCAAAGAUGGUAAUGAAAUUUAUCAUGGCCUUGUUGCUGUCUAUGAUGUGAGGAGAUCUCCACUUAUCUCAGUUUCACUUGUUGGAUUCAUUAGAGGACCUGGAGAAGGAGCAAAACCACUUGCAUUUGCCUUCCAUAGCAAAUUUAAGCAAGGGCCAUUGCUUUCUGUGUGCUGGAGUAGUGGCUGGUGCUGUACAUAUCCCCUCAUACUUCGUCCUCAUUGAUUCCCUAAGAAGAGUAAGGAAGCACACUGGGUCAAGGGAUGAUUGCCAUACUAUUGAAUUAUAAUCUUUGCAGGGCCAGGGGGAUGCAUUCUCUAAGUGCCUCAAGAAUGCUACUAAUAUUGUUAUCCUCAUGUAUGUCGAUCCUGGCUGAUGUAAGUGAUGCUAUCGAAUGGAAACAAACAGAAAAUAUACUG